AUGUCUAACUUAAAGGUAAUUCAUUCGGGAAUUCCAAUCACCCUUGUUCCAUUGGAUGCUACGAACACGAUUCCUAUUACUCAAGAGUUCUUUGAAGCUUUUGAGAAUAAUCAACAUACAUAUGAGGCCCAAUACAUUUUUAAGUCUUUGAAGAUGGCUCAUGAUACUUGGUUUGAUAACCAAUUCUUUACGAGUUAUUUCAUGUGGGAUUCAUUUAUGUCCGGAGUUGCAACAUCAUCUAUGAAACACGAAGAAAAUGAGUUUGCUGAAAUGGAGUACAUGAAUAUUACUGUCAUUACAUCAAACAAGCCUUAUGGGAUAUAUGAUGGCUCAAAUAGUCUCUUUAAUGGGCAUAAGAUUCCAAAAUUCGGUUUGCAUAAGAAUGGUAUUCAUAGCGGUCAUGUUCAAACAGGCCUUGAAGAUCCAUUUUGCCAUCGUGAGAACGGGACAGGGAUAUGUAAGGAUGGCUAUACAGAAGAAACCACUGGACCAGAUUCAGUUCGUGUACGCGUAGCAACACGAGCAAAGCCUAAUGUCAACAAAACAAGCUCUUUGGAUAGGGAAUUCUAUAUCAGUUUCCUUGAUGUACUGAAUCAACCUCAACAUAGAGGCCUAUUCAAUUUCACAUCUGAAUUCCCUCAUUAUAAAGAAGUUCUCUAUAAACCAGAUUUAAGUGGGAAAAAACUAGGGAAGGUCGUCGUUUUUGAUAUGGAUAUGAGCGCCGGAGAUUUUUUAGCCCUUUUUUAUCUUCUCAAAGUACCCGUGGAAGAGAUUUAUGUUAAGGCCAUUUUAGUAACUGGAAGUGGUUGGGCAAACCUAGCAACAAUUGACGUGGUGUAUGAUUUGUUACAUAUGAUGGGUCGUGAUGAUAUCGUUGUUGGUUUAGGUAAUACGUUUGGUUUGAACCAGUCCUAUCCGGGUAAUUCCAAUCUCGGGGAUUGCAAGUAUUCAAAAGCUAUACCACAUGGAAGCGGUGGCUUUUUGGACUCAGAUACGCUCUAUGGGCUUGCACGUGACUUACCAAGGAGCCCGAGAAGGUAUACAUCAGAGAAUUCGAUUGAGUUUGGAGCUCCUCGUAACACAGAUUCCCCUCAACUUAGACAACCAUUAGCACUUGAAGUUUGGGAAUCACUAGUGAAGUCAAUUGAUCAUGGGUCAAAAAUUACAAUUUUAACAAACGGGCCGUUAACAAAUUUAGCAAAUAUCUUAAUUUCAGACAAGAAUUCGAGCUCAAUCAUUGAGGAAGUAUUUAUAAUAGGUGGCAAUGUCUAUAACACGAAGAAUCAAGAGAAAGGGAAUGUCUUCAAUGUUCCUUUAAAUAAGUUCGCGGAACUAAACAUGUUUCUUGAUCCUUUGGCUGCAAAGACGGUAUUUGAUUCAUCACUCGACAUCACUCUUAUCCCUCUCUAUACACAACGAAAAGCCUAUGCAUUUUCAGAUAUCAUAAGAAGGUUGCAAACAAGGAACACAACCCCUGAAGCUAUAUUCACACAACGUUUGUUAAUGACGCUUCAGAAGUUGCAACGAAAACAUCACUUGUAUCGACAUGUGGAUAUGUUCUUGGGAGAGAUUCUAGGUGCGAUCAUUGUUGCCGGUGAUCAGAAACUUCUAAACAAAACGUUCGAAAUCAAGCAUUUGAAGGUGUAUGCAGAAGGAGAUAUAUCUAGAGAUGGAGAAGUUAUUUUAGAUGCACAAAAACAGAAAGGAGUUAAAGUAUUGAAAGACUUCAACCAUGUAUCUUGUUAUGAUAUGUUCGUAGAUCAUCUUGUUCGUCAAGAACAAUCGGCUGUGAUAGCAAGUUUUGACAAGCAAAAAAUUCUUUGGAGCUCACCAUAGAUUAGAACCGGCUGUAGUCUCUUGACAUUUUUAGUAGAAAUAUUUAAAGGCUCAUUAGAAGAUAAUAAUAAUGAGCAAACCUUUUAUUGUUGUUAAAGUUACCAAAG